CCGCGAUGUGUCCCCCUGCAGCCCAUUUCACUGGCCGUCCUGUAUUCCAGGAGGCCGGCAUCUUCCGUGUAGGCACCCGGCUGUGACUGCUUGCGGCUUCACAGCCGGGUGCCCACUGCGCAUGCGCGAGUAGCGCUGCACUUCAUGAAUGGCCCUGUAGUCUUCUGGGACCUGUCAUGUGUCCCAAAAGACUACAGGGAGGGAGAGAGGGAGGACAUCUUCUGCUUCUGGAAGUGGGAGCGGAAGCAGGAGUUGGUAUCUGUCAAAACCAGGUACCCG